CUUUCGGUUUCCCCCUCGGCCAUGGAUCGGGAGGUGCUGGCCCUGGGCGAGCAGCUGGCGGCCGAGGCCACCUGCCCGGUGUGCCUGGAGCUGUUCGCGCAGCCCGUGCUCACCGAGUGCGGGCACAGCUUCUGCGAGCGCUGCCUGGGGGCCGUGCUGGGGCAGCCCCCGCGCCCCGCCGCCUGCCCGCAGUGCCGCGCCCCGGUGUCGCCGGGCUCGCUGCGCCCCAACCGCUCGCUGGGCGCCGUGGCGGGGCUGGCGGGGGCCCUGGAGGAGGCGGCGCGGCGGCCCCGCUGCCCCGAGCACGGCGAGCCCCUGGCGCUGUUCUGCGAGCCCUGCGCGGCCCCGCUGUGCGCGCUCUGCCGGGACGGGCCCGCGCACCGCCCGCACCGCGCCCGCGCCGCGCACGGCGCUGCCACGGACCUGCGGGAGACACUCCAGAGCAACCUGGUUUUUCUGCAGAAAGCGAAGGAAGAAUUAAAGUCCAAAGGAGAGCCAAAAAGUGAUGAGCUGCUGCAUAGGGUGGCCUUGGAGGACGAGACGCUGCAGAACACCUUUGAGGAUCUGGAGAAGUUCCUGCAGGAGCAGAAGAAGGCCCUGCUGGCCCAGCUUGGCCCAGUGUCCCAGGAGCUCGUCAAGAGAUCCUCUGAAUACAACUCCAGUGUUGCAGAGCGGAGAUCGCUGCUGGACACGCUGAUUGCGGACAUCGAGAAGAAACGUGACCAGCCGGACGUGGAAUUCCUCAUGGACGUUGGCAAAAUCCUGAGCGGCUGUGAGGCAGCCAAGGCCCCGAUCCCAGAGGCGGUUUCCCCGGAGCUGCAGAGGACUGUUGAGACCCUCUCCGAGACGUGCCAGCUGGUGCUGGGCACAGUGGCCAAAUUCAAAGAGAACCUGCUGAGCAAGAUGGACAGGGAAAGGGAGAAGGUGACUCUGGACCCAGAGACGGCGAAUCCUUUCCUGAUCCUCUCUGCAGACCACAGAACCGUGCGCCUGGCAAAGGGAUUCCAGAUCCUCCCCCCAGAUAUAGACACCCCCCAGAGAUUCAUGGGCAGCGUCAGCGUGCUGGGCUCCCAAGGGUUCACGGCUGGGAGGCAUUACUGGGAGCUGGAGGUGGGGGGGGGGGACAGCUGGGCCGUGGGGGUGGCCCUGGAGUCCGUGCAGAGGAAGGACUCGCUCAGCAUGGCCCUGGGCAAGAUCUGGGCCCUGCGGCUGGGCUGGGAUGGCCAGUACACGGCGCUCCACGGGUUACCCGCCCAGCUGGUGCUGGAGGAAACCCCCCGGAGAAUCAGGGUCCACCUGGACUAUGAAGGGGGCCAAGUGACCUUCUACAACGCAGAGAAGAUGGUGCAGAUCUUGCAGUUCAAGACCUCCUUCACCGAGAGGGUCUUCCCGUAUUUUUGGCUGUGGUCAGCAGCAACCUUCAUCCGCCUGUGUGACUGAUGGGCUGGGGUGCCUCCCAGUGCCUGGCCGUGCCCUUGGCUGGCUGAGCGGGCAGGAAGCGUGGCAGUGACACAGCACCGUGCUGCAAACUCACCACAGCUCUGCACGGUGCUGCAU